GCGGAAGUCCCUGGAACUAGAACGCUGUGUAUCAUUUUGGUUCUAUCCGCUCCCACGCGAGGCAAAGCCGGUCGAAGAGCACGUGGAAGUUCUACGGAUGGAGCCUUCGAUCCGCCCGCUGUGGGUCCAGCUCAGAUUCACAGAUGCGAUUUGAUGCUGAGUAUUUCCACCUCCUCUUUCUGCUCUUCACAACACCGACGAGGAGCAGCGGUUAAAUGAGCAGGUUCCCGCGGAAGAAAACCAAGCGCACAAAAAGGGAGGCUAACUCGUGAUGAGUGAAAUCCAGACGAACCCGUGGCAACUCGGGUCUUCGUUGGUCACGCCCCGGUAGUGGAUCUAAUGACCUCUGCAUCUCCAGAUCUCUUUAACCCUGCAUGAAGUUCGGGCUGAUGGAUUCCAGGAUCGCUGAUGGGUGAAGGGCCGUGGGAUGAUGACGCCACCACGCCCGCUCAUGCCUGGGAUUAAAUGAUGUAAAAGCAGAUUUUCAGGUGCUGAAAUGUUUAGGGAGUAGGCGGGAGUCUCCCUUUGUUUUGCGACGAAGCAACCGCCUCUGUUUCAAGAUUGCCGAUUGCCUGUUUGUAAACUCGUUCUGCAGUCUAUUCUCAAAUGCUUUCCAAAGUGGGGGCCGGGAACAUAAGCAGCGCUCCCUCCAGGCAUCUCCCUCCUGCUCCUUGAUGUCUCCAGGACUAUGACUACAUGGUACUGCUAUUCCACUGUCCGGAUUUUCCUUUCUAAUGCCAGAAUCCUCACUGUGAGAAGCUCUCUGUGUACAGGAAGGACAUGGGGUAGGGGGCCUCGUCUCUGGUUCUUCGCUGGCGAGGCUCCAAGCUGCUUUCCAUGCAAAGCCUUGGUAAAGACCUCUCUGGUGUGCUGGGGGGCUGCAGGAUUACCUUGGGGUGCAAGAUGCGAAGGGGCACCCAAUGGAGGAGCCCAAAUAAAAGGAGAUGCCUGUCUCAACAAAGGGGGUCUUUCUCCAGCUGGUUUCCUCCAGCGUUUAGGACUAGCCUUUUCCCUCGUGAUCCGAGCCUGCGUCCUCCUGCUGAAGUUCGGGCCUUUGAUUUGGCUUUACCCCUUGAGCUACGUCUCCCCGGGUUUUGCAUCGCUCUGGCUCCACCUUCUGCUCAAGGCGACGGAGUCUUCUGGCCCCACCUACAUCAAACUGGGGCAGUGGGCGAGCACAAGGAGGGACCUCUUCUCCGAAGAGUUCUGCGCCAAGUUCUCCAAGCUCCACAUCAAGGUGGUCCCUCACCCUUGGGGCUACACCCAACGUUCUUUGGAGAAAUAUCUGGGGGAAGGCUGGGAAAAGGUCUUCACCUUCGACAGCCAGGAACCCAUUGGGUCUGGCUGCAUCGCCCAGGUGUACAAAGCUUACGUGGACAUCUCCGCUCUUGGACAGCCGGUGCUGAAGGAACUCUCCAAGGGCACUGUGGUGGAGUCUGCUCUGGAAGCCUGGCAGGUGUCUGGUCUUAAGGGAGUCCUCGGGUGGCUUUGGAAGAGGAAGGAUGGAAGCAUUUCUGAAGGAGGUGGUGUCCGUCGGUUGCUUCCCAAUGGUGGCUUUGAUGGACACGUCAAGCAGAAUUCUGUUUCUGGAUACCUGGACACAGCUUUAUCCUGUCCCAAUGGCCUUGUUCCAGUAGCCAUUAAAGUAAGACCACAAUUCUGUGCUUCCUUAGCUCGGAGUUAGUCCUAUUACACUUAGUAUGACUGGUUUCUGACUUAGAUAUCAUAGGGCUGGAAGGGGACCCUGAGGAUCAUCUUGGUUCAAUUCCCUGCAAUGCAGGAAUAGGCAGAUGUCCCUUAUGGGGACUGAACCUGCAAAGUUGGCAUUUUGGCACCAUGCUCUACCCAACUAAGCUAUCCAUUUGACUUAACAGAUACUAAAAUCAUUUCAUAUUCUUGGAAGGAAAAGGUCCAAAAUGGUGGUGGUGAUUAGGAAGAGGCUGACAAGAUGGAUUUACCUCAAGGACCGCCUCUCCCCUUAUGAACUGACCCAGACACUGCAAUCAUAAUCUGAGGCCCUUCUUUGUGUGAGAGGUCUGGAGGGUGGCGACAUUAAAACAGGCCUCUUUUGCAGUGGUUCCCCGUUUGUGGAAUGCUCUCCCCAGGGAGGCUAGCCUAGUGCCUUCAUUAUAUAUCUUUAGCCGCCAGGCAAAACAUUCCUCUUCUCCUAAGCCUUUGGAUAAUUCAAUUUAUGGCCUUUUAAACUGUGGGUGGGUGGUAGUAGGUGUUACUGUGUUUGUUAUUAUGAUAUGUAUUUUUUUGUUUUUAUAUUGUAAGCUACCCUGUGACCCUUGAAGGGCUGUAUAUAGAUAAUUAUAAUAUAUAAUAUAAUAAUAUAAUAUAUAAUAUGCUACCUAAGUCGGACCAUUGGUCGGUAUUGUCAACACUGACUGGCAGUAACCCUCCAGGAUUUAAGGGAGGAAUCUGUCUCAGACCUACCUGGAGAUGGCAGAGAUCAAACAUGGGACCUUCUGUGCUCUACUGAGCUUUGGCCUUUCUCAAGCAGCAGCUGGAUUCCCCACUGGUGGCAGCCAAUGGCAGCUUAUAAAUAUGAGGUGCAUGAUCCACUGGCAAGUUCCCCCUUGCUCUUGUGAAUCUUCUGUUCAGUUCAGUCUGGUCAUCUUAUCCCUAUAAAACAGGGGUGUGGAACUUGGGGUCCUCCAGAUGUUGUUGCACUCCAACUCCCAUCAGCCCCAGCCAGCACGGCCAAUAGUUAGGGGUGAUGGGAGCUGUAGUCUAGCAACAUCUGGAGGGCCACAGGUUACCCAUCCUGACUGGCUUGACGACAGUGCAUGCAAUAAGGAAUUAUUCAGCUACCUUUUGUCGUUUGCCUAGGUGCUGCACCCCGGAUUAGCUGACCAGGUUCAAAUGGACCUGUUUCUGAUGAAGACUGGUAGUCGACUCCUUGAGCUUCUCCCGGGGGUCAAGUGGCUCAGCCUGACGGAGAUUGUGGAGGAGUUUGAGAAACUAAUGAUUCAGCAGGUGGGAAGAACUUUGGUUUGGGGUCUGCUUGAUCAGUGGAGGCUGGUUCAUGGGGCUCUGCACCUAAACUUCUGCCUACCCUCAGCCAGCUCCCACUUGCCUGACUUCUUACUGGCCCUGCCUUGUUAGCUUCCUCCUCCUCCAUCCCUGUGUUGUCCUUGUACAACUCAGCAGGGAAGAGGAUGGGCACAAAACUAGAAAUAGUUGGCUUUGCCUGGGCCCUCACUCCCUGUCUUCGGCCCCAACGGGCAGCACUGCUCUUGAUUCUCUGCAGUUUGUUUCUUUAGAUUGACUUGCGCUGUGAAGCAAGGAACCUGGAACGCUUCCGUCUUAACUUCCAGGGUGUGGAUUAUGUGAAGUUCCCAGUUCCUCUUCGCCCUUUUGUGACGAGAAACAUCCUCGUGGAAACAUAUGAGGUGAGAAUGUGGAAUGUGCAGGGCAGGGAGAGCUGGCUUACCUUUUGUCCAGACAGCUGCAGGAGAGCAGGAGGUUUCUUUGGCCUAGCAAGCAGACCCCUUUGUGAGCAGCUGGGCUGCUUAAUAAAGUUGACACCCUCGCAGCAGUUUGGGUGUGAAAAAGGGGAAAACAUGCACAGAUCAGUGUCACUUCUGCUGAUCAUCACUCUUGACAAAUGUUCUGGCCUCAGAAGGCUACAAAACCCUAAUAACAUUUCUAUGUUGUGCAGGACUAGCAUGAGGAUAGGAUGUCUCCAGCCCUCAGGGGCUGAGACUUUGCAGCCUCAAAAAUUCAUGAAUGACAGUAGGAGGAGAAAGCUUGAUCACGUCAGGUGGUCAGCAAUAGAAGAAGAAGAGUUUGGAUUUGAUAUCCCGCCUUUCACUCCCUUUUUAAGGAGUCUCAAAGCGGCUAACAUUCUCCUUUCCCUUCCUCCCCCACAACAAACACUCUGUGAGGUGAGUGAGGCUGAGAGACUUCAGAGAAGUGUAACUGGCCCAAGGUCACCCAGCAGCUGCAUGUGGAGGAGCGGAGACGCGAACCCGGUUCCCCAGAUUACGAGACUACCGCUCUUAACCACUACACCACACUGGCUCUUCCCCUUUGAUCUCCUUCCCCCCUUAAAAAGUAUCCCCAUUGUCCUCCAAAAGGCUUAUUAAUGUGCCCCUGACAAGCUCAAAGGGCUUUCCUGAUUUAGGUUCUUUCUGCUUCAGGAGAGCACGCCCAUAGCCCAGUACCUGCAGACUGAGGCCACAAAGGAGCUGCGCUGCAAAAUAGCUCAGAUGGGUAUGGACAUGAUUCUAAAGAUGGUAAGAGGCCUCUGUUGGUUGGUUUGCAAUUUAGGAUUGGCUUGCCUCUGCAGUCAGCCUGCAAGGCAAAGAAUCUGUUGUAUGAAUUUUCAAGUUUUUGAUCAGAAAGCCCCUCAGUUACACGAGCCCAAAUGACAACACCCAGUCAGAAGAAAGGGGCUUUUUGGCAACCCUGAAGGUGGUGGAAGUAAAAAAAUAAACAUAACCUUUACUAGGAAAAGCCUAAGGAGUGAGGGAACCCCAAAACAGUUCAAGAAAUGCUGCUGGCAUGUUGUGUGGUGAGUAGACCUAGAAAACUGGGUGGGAUAAAUGGAAUGGAGGAUUGUAGAGGAGUGAAUAGCUGAACUGCAAACAGAAGCAUUCCACGCAGCAACAUUUUAAUGCAGCUCCUGCUUGCCCAGUUCAAUACAGUGUCUCCCCUGUCUGGUAGUGGGUAUCUCCCAGCCCUGUUACUUCCUGGCAGCCUUGAUAUGAUGAACCCAGAGAUUAAACCCAGGAGUUAAAUGUGCAGAGCAAAAUAUCCUACUACUCGCCAAGAGCCUCUCUUCUUAAUAAAUUAGUUCAUUGAUUUGAGAAGCUCUCGGGUUGCCAUUUUUUCAAUCAAGUUGUGAUUUUUCAAUCCUUCAGGUGUUUGUUGAUAACUUUGUCCAUGCUGACCUGCACCCUGGGAAUAUCCUGGUCCAGGGCGCAGAGGGCUUCCGUGAUCACCCCGAGGACCGGACCACCAUUGUGGACCUGUUGGACACACUCAUUCUGGAAGUGCAGCCUUCUCGCCCACCACUUCGCCUGGUGCUUCUGGAUGCAGGAAUCAUAGCAGAGCUGCAGGGUCCAGAUCUCAAGAACUUCCGGGCGGUCUUCACUGCUGUGGUAUUAGGGCAGGUAUUGGCUCUUUUCAACCAUUUCUCAUAGCAGCUGGUAAUGGAGAUUCUGUUUGGCUUUGGGCUGGACAUGGCAGCUUCUAGGGCUGGAUUCAGCUACUCUGUUCUGCUAGCAGAAGCUGGAGCAGGGACUCUUGCUGAUGCCGUGGGGCUUCCUCCACACCACAAUUCACACUAGAGGGUUUGGAGAUCUCACAAAACAGCAUGAUUGGGGAGAAGGAAAAUGCUUCCAUUGGGCAAGCAGAAAUGUUUGCACUGAUUGAACAAUCUCCUUAGCGCUGUGUUGAAUUCCACCCAGAGUAUACUUCUUUCUUAUUUAUUUAUGCCAUAAAAUUGGUAAACCGCUUGUUAUAAUCUAAGAAUAAUAAUAAUUUAUUAUUUAUACCCCGCCCAUCUGGCUGGGCUUCCGCAGCCACUCUGGGUGGCUUCCAACAAAAUAUUAAAAUACAGUAAUGCAUCAAAUAUUAAAAGCUUCCCUAAACAGGGCUGCCUUCAGAUGUGUUCUAAAAGUCUGGUAGUUGUUGUUCUCUUUGACAUCUGAUGGGAGGGCGUUACACAGGGAGGGUGCCACUACCGAGAAGGCCCUCUGCCUGGUUCCCUGUAACUUGGCUUCACGCAGUGAGGGAACUGCCAGAAGGCCCUCGGCGCUGGACCUCAGUGUCCGGGCUGAAUGAUGAGAGUGGAGACGCUCCUUCAGGUAUACUGGGCUGAGGCCAUUUAGGGCUUUAAAGGUCAGCACCAACACUUUGAAUUGUGCUUGGAAACGUACUGGGAGCCAGUGUUAAGUUGUAAAACAAAACAAAACAAAACAUCUUGUCCAAUUGUAGCCUCACAGAAUAGCUUCCUUUGCAAUAAUUUUCAAACUCAGCCCUAUUUUAACUAGACUAGAAGCUCUGUCUCUGUAAAUUUUGCUCAAUGAGGAAGAGUACCUGAGUCUUGCUUGGCUGAAUAGGCUUCCCGAUUUGUUCUGCAGGGGGAGAGAGUGGCAGAGUUAAUCCUUCAUCACUCCAGAGCUAACCAGUGCAAGGAUGUGGAGAGAUUCAAAGCUGACAUGGCAGAGCUGGUGACAAAGGCCAGGGACAGCACUGUAGCUUUGGGAAAGGUCAGUAGCCCACAUCAAAGCUUGGUCUUCUCUCGAGUUGCUGUGCAAUAAUUCAAAGUAGAAAAUGCUUUAUUCUACAGAUUGCUCAAGUGAUAAUCCCACCUCUAGGUGUACAAUUUCUGAUAUACAUGUGUCACACACUGAUAUAUAUAUAUAAUUUUAUUAUGCAUGCUACAAAUUCCAAAAAUUAAAACAAUGAAAAACAAUUACUGUUUCUUCUCUUGUUAAACUGACACUAUAUAUAAUUCUAAAUGUUCCAAUAUGAGUAAACAGUGCAAAUAUAUGAAUGCAUAAAUUAAUAAAUGCAAUAUAUCUAGAUUUUUAUAUCUUUGUAUCAUAGACAACAAGAUGUAAUAAUGAGAGCCUGCUGGAUCAGGCCAAUGGACCAUCUAUUGCAGUUACAGUGUCUGGAUGAAUGAAAUGAAUGACAUUUUAAACCCCUUUGCAUUCUAGUUCCAAGUAGCAAGCCUGCUGUCCAGUGUUUUCAAGUUACUGAUGACGCAUCAGGUGAGAUCAUCUCUGUGUUAGGUUUAUUCUUCUUCACAGCUGCACCAGGCCAUGUCACCUGAAGGAUGUUUAACCAGAGUUUAACUUGGAAUGGGGAACUUACUGGAACAGAAAAAGCUUGAAUAUGCAAUGCAGAUGUGUUUGAAAGAUUGCAUAUUCUAAUCCUAGUCCAAAAUUCAAAAGUGCCAAAAAGCCUUAAAAAUGAGUCAGUGUUGUGCUCAGAAGCUGCUAUGUUAUGCAUUGAAACCCAGAAGUGUAAGUUAAAUUGCAUUUCCUUGCUCCUCUUUCCCUUCCACAUACACACUGGAAAUUCUACACAGCCAGCUGGAUUGAACAGAAUGUAUAAGGAUGCUAGGUUUAAAUGUUAGACGUGUUUAUCAGUGAACAUAUGAGAAUAAUCAAUGAAAGCAACAGGAAAAAAAAUAUUUGCAUUUUUAGGGCUCUCAAUAUGUGGUCACAUAUACUGUAAUCUCUUUCUUGCCUUGCAGAGCAAAUAAGACUUGGUAUUAAUUUCCAAAUAGCAAUGAUCCACUUUUACCUUCUUGAUGUCUUUUGUGCUUCCAGGUAAAGCUGGAGAGCAACUUUGCCUCUGUGGUCUUUGCCAUUAUGGUUUUGGAAGGCCUUGGACGCUCACUGGACCCUGAACUGGAUAUCCUCAAGGCAGCUAAACCUUUUCUAAUCAAAGCUCCAAGUCCCCUCCUGGCACAGUGACGGACACUGGUUAGGGUGGUCUUUUGAGGCCCUUUUAUUGAAGAACUGCUCAUUUGCUACCCGUCGGGUGACUUUCAGCUUCUAUGUUUAAAACCAGAAGACUUGGCUGAGAAUUGCUGUUCAGUUUAUCCAUAUUGAGACCAGAAGUGUUCAGGGGCUGAAACAUCUCCAUUUGGAUUGUGAUAAUUGAUCUCUAUUCCCAUUACGGCAAGAGUGGGGAAACUGUAGCCCUCCAGGCAUUGCUUGACUACAACUCCCAUUAUCUCUGACCAUUGGUUGUGAUGGCCUGGGGCUAAUGGGAGCUGGGGUACAGCAAGGUCUGGAGGGAGCCACAGGUGGUUUUAGGUAAUGCAGUUCUCCUGUAGUUCAAAGGAAAUUACGGCCCUGUGUGGGUUGGGCUCCCUAUCAAGUCACCUCUAGAUAGGUGAGCCUACCAGAGACCGUUCCCAUCUCCCCAAUAUUGCAAGCUUUAAGGACAUCAUGCCUGUUUACAGCCUCAGCACUUGCCUUGCUCCAUUGCCAAGAAUCGGAAAGGUAAAGGCAGCUUAUACAUCAAACUGUAUUUUCAGUAUGAAAAGCAAACACUCUUCAUUUAAUAUUGGUAUGGUGCAUGAUAAGCAUCUUGCCUAUCUUCUGUUAAAUUUGUCUAAAAUGUGCUUGGAACAUGACAUGUUUGAAAUUCCGUCUUGGUGCUCUUUGCUCUUAUGCUGCUAAGCAGCUGCUUCUGUCCACAUGGGGAAUUAAAAAAUACUUGUUUUUACAAAUGGAUCGACUUGGUUCUAAAUGUCACCUUUGAUACUGGGGAAACCGGGUUUAUGAAUAAACAGUUUUGAAUGGGA